AUGCAAGUACUGAAUGACAACAGCUACCACCCAAUCAGCCACAAACGCAGUUGCGUAAAGAUAAUCUAUCGGCGUGUUGAGAUGCACUGCAGCGAACAAGAAGAUAAAUUGCCGGAGAAGAAUGCCUUUGACGGGUGUUCAGAGAAAAUGGCUACCCGCGCAACUUCGUCAACCGCUGCUUGCGCAAACGUGAUGGCCAACAAAGGCGCACCGACCCCAAAAGUUAGCGAGCGAUCUUGCACGUCAAAAACGUAUCAGAACCCGUUGGCCGCCUUCUCGCACCACUUGGAGUUACUUGACCCAAUUGUGAGACCGUCGGCCGCCUUCUCGCACCACUUGGAGUUGGAGCUGCACACAGGCCGGAGGCAACCAUAA